GGCUUCACCUACCCUCCUCACGUUGGCUUAUCCAUUGGCACACCAGCUGACCCUCAGUUCGUUCUUAUGGAGGUGCAUUAUGACAAUCCAUCAUACACAGAAGGCUUGAUAGAUAACUCUGGUCUAAGGUUAAUUUACACUCCAGUUAUAAGGAAAUACGAUGCUGGUGUUAUUGAAGCUGGUCUCUGGGUCAGCCUCUUCCACAAUAUCCCACCGGGCAUGCCUGAAUUUGUGUCCGAGGGUCACUGCACGCUGGAAUGUCUGGAAGAGGCUCUGGGUGCUGAGAGACCUGCUGGGAUUCAUGUGUUUGCAGUACUUCUUCAUGCUCAUCUUGCUGGCAGAGCUAUCAGGAUGCGCCACUUCCACAAUGGCGAGGAACAGAAGCUGCUUGCUUAUGAUGAUGAGUUUGACUUCAACUUCCAGGAGUUUCAGUAUCUGAAAGAAGAAAGAACCAUCUUGCCAGGGGAUAAUUUAAUCACAGAAUGUCACUACAGCACUGUGGACCGAAUUCGCAUGACAUGGGGUGGUCUGAGCACCAGGAAUGAAAUGUGCCUGUCGUAUCUGCUCUAUUACCCGAGAAUCAACCUCACCCGGUGUGCGAGCAUUCCAGAUAUAAUGGAACAACUCCAGUUCAUUGGUGUUAAGGAAAUCUAUAGACCAGUCAGGACUUGGCCUUUCAUUAUCAAAAGUCCUAAGCAAUAUAAAAACCUGUCUUUUAUGGACGCAAUGAACAAAUUCAAAUGGUCCAGAUCUGAGGGUCUCUCCUAUAAUGAACUUGUGCUUAAAUUACCAGUGAAUGUGAGGUGUUCCAAAACAGAUAAUGCAGAAUGGUCGAUCCAAGGCAUGACAGCUUUACCUCCUGAAAUAGAGAGACCAUACAAAACAGAACCAAUAAUAUGCAGCUCAUCUUCCUGUUUAUGCUGCAGUUUGUUCCUCACUCUGUUGUUUGUUGUACAUGUCACAGCCAGUACCAUGGGAAACAUUGGGCCCUUUCUAUAAUAAUUUUUAUUCAUUUGUGUUCUGUAUGCCAUGCAAGUUCUGAUGUGUUUGCACUGUUGCUAUUGUAGAUUUAUUUUUUUACAUAUUAAUAAACUAAAUUUGCCAGUUCAAAAUAAAAUGGGUACUUCCUCUGAAAACUGGGAUUUUUUGUUUCCAAUGUAAAGUAUGUAUAAAACACAGUGGGUACACUGGCACAUUGCAUAUUGAAAUCUUUUCCUGUACCAUUUUGUUACACUUUGUCUUAGCUCUUUCACGUGGUGUUUUCAAAACCAACUAUGUAUAUGGGUAAAAUUAAUAAACUAAAAGCAACUUAGUUAAC